GCAUACAAAAUCUAGGCAGCUCUAAACCCCAAUAUUAUUGUCUAGAGAGACUCUGCUUCUACCGUAAUUCCGUCCAAAUCUGGGAUAUCAUAUCUAUACAGCAGAGAAGCAAAGCAGCAACUGUUCGGCAAUUCCAAAGAGUGAAACGGUUUCACGCCUCGUUGAACCGCUUGUGCAAAUUAGAUUUCGUUCCGUCAUGGGAGAUUGGACAUACAAUGCAACACCGCCGAUGGAGAACUCCACGAAUACCUCAAUAGAUUUACCUAAGACGGUGUCAUUGAUCCUGAUUUCUGCCUGUUCGCUCCUGGGAAACUUGUGCACUGUAGCCAUCGUAAGCAGCUUUCGACAGCGCAAGUUGCCCGAUGUACUUGUGAUAGGACUCGCCUGCACCGACCUCAUCGCGACGUUCAUUCCCGUCCCCAUGUCCCUUUACUCGUACAUCACUCUCGAGCAAUUUGACGAAGGAAGCUUUGCCUGCAAAUUCUACGGAACAGUGGCGCAAUUCACAAGGUACUCAUCAGUGCUUAUCGUCACCCUCAUAUCCUUGGAGAGAUACUUCGCAGUAAAUCGACCGUUUAUCUACCGUAAGCAUGCGACUCCAAGCAAGUGUGCCUUGGUACUUCUAACCUGCUGGGUCAUGGCAUUUGCGCUGGCCAUCACACCAGUUGUUGGUAGCCAUACAUCAAUACUCUCUCAUGAUGGUUUCUGCCUGUUUGAUUUCUCUUCAAAUUAUGCAAUAUCAAUACUGGUUUAUGCUGGAAUUCAGUAUUGCAUAGUACUGGUGUGCUUUGUUCUUGUUACUGCAAAGUUGCUUCGUGUGUAUCGGCGCCGUAAACAGUUGCAAGUUCAGGGGACAUACAAUCAGCGGUCUCAGGCCAGAGAAAGAGAGCAUGAAGGCUUCACCAGACCCAAGCUCUCAUCAAGAAUAAGUGACAUUGGAAUCACACUAAAGAAGGCAGCUCCUAUUCUAACGGAGAGACUUCAGCUUGGCAUCGAGGCUCAGUUUGCAGGCAUGUUGUUUGCAGUUGUGGCACUGUUCUAUGUCAGCUGGACAACUUUGGUUAUUUUGAUGGUAAUAGCCCAAGCUAAAGGUACACAAGGGCAAUCUCUUAUACUCUUCUGGGGUAUUCGACUCUCUGUCAUCAGCCUAGCACUUAAUCCUCUCCUGUACGGCUUGCUAGCCGGUCAGUAUCGGAUGGCAUACCUCUAUGUGUUAAGGCGGAUUUUCUCAUCAUGCUGUUGUACAUGUGUAGACCCUCCAGUCAAGAAUAUUUUUGUAACGGCACGUACUGCUGGAGGAGAGCCACAAGAGGAAACACAAGCAGCAAGUCGUCACGGAAGAAUAAGAAGCAUAAAUGGCCGUGUGUGGAGUGGACGACCAGGUCUUAAUGCGCUUACACGCACUACACAUAGUUCGCUGGACCUCUUGCCUCAGCUAGAUGAGGGUGAGUCAAUGAAUGAGCAUUCAACAUACAUCCCAUCUGCUGGCGAGCUCUCAUCAACUAGCGUCAUUCCACAUCAGGUCCGAGAGAGAUGCGCACCAGUAACGGGUUUUGAUAGUCAUCGAAGAGCAUCAUCCGAAAAUAAUCUAACAGAAUCAGAACUCCAUGAGCAUCCUGCAGCUGAGAAUAUUCCUGGGUCACACAAUCCUCUUGCUAUUAUUGCUGAUAUACAAGGAGAAUCAGCAGUCACAGAUCUUGCUAGGCCAAAAAAGCAAUUUCCACCAUUGGAAGCUAUCAAUCCCCAUGACGUAGAUGCAGGAAAAGUCUAUGAAAACCCCCUCUACAGUGGAGAAAGGAGAAAUGAAGAGAAGACUUUAUCUCGUUCAACUCCAGUCUCAAUGCUCAGAUCCAGCAAAAAAGCCAGAUUACAAGCCAAAUACUCAAGGGAAACAGGAAAGGAACAAAAAACAAACAUAACAAAGGCCAAAGACACCGAUGGAUUUUCACCAAACAAAAUGUCAGUGCAGACAGCAAGAUCAUUCCCACUUUCCUUUUUGAGUGGUAGUAAGAACAAAUCACAACUGAGAACCACCCUACAACCAACUGCUCAUUAUUUUAGUGAGGUGGAAGAGGGAACUGUCGAUGACUUAGAUAGUGUUGCGGAUUCCAACAAUUUAUAUCCACCGUAUACCACACAGAGGCAGUCACACAGCUUUGAUAGAGCAUCUGCCAGAACAUACAGGGAUAUGAAACACCAUUCAAAACAGACACGUCCUAUUUCAUCUUCCCAAAGUUUUCUGGGCACCCCAAUACCUGCUCAUACAGAAUCAGGGGUGAAAACAGAGGAGGACUUCACUGGUGAGCCUGCAGUGAGCAUGGCCCCAAGAUAUCAGCUCUCACUCUCUCCUAUCCCACCACCUACUACCCUUGUUCCUAUUCUACCACCUGGUUCGAUUGCUUCUUCAGAAUCUCCUAUGAGCAUCUCUCAACCUUUUCACCUCGAACAAGCACUAACACCCCAAAUAUUUCCCACCCCUUCAGUAACUACUGUAACUCCAGCUACAUCUCUGCUCUCCCAGAAUAUGGACUCUUCUCCACUUCAGCAUAACACUAGCAGCCAAUUGAAAUGCUCAGUGAAGGAGCUAUGCCAAAGAUACGAGUUCUUGUCAAACACGCCACCCACAUCUCCUAGGUGUCUCACUUCAUCGCUGCUUCCUCUCCCAACCGAACAAAACUUUGCAACUGCUCAUCAAGCAAAUCACUGAUCCUUAGAAAGUUACCUGCCAUUCUAUUAAUAUAUCUGCAAUUCCAUCUUAUAAUGUUAUUAUUUGCAGGUGAAGCGAGCCUAUAUACCUAGUCGAUAUUAUAUUAUGUUUGUGACCAGCAUUGCCGCACUGCACACACUGAAUUUUUUUUUCGGAGUUC